AUGCCGACUGACAAUGCCUCCCCAGCGAGCCCUGUCUUCACCGAACAGCCCUCUGCUGUCCCCGCCAUGACUUUCCGCCCUCAUCAUCUCAAGGCUCAAGAACUGAAGCACACUCAUUCCUUCUCCUCCAUGUCCUCUUAUGCCUCCUCAGCUCACACCGACAAUGAAUCCACCUCAAAUUCAUCUUCAGAAGAGGAAAGACCUACCAAGAACCAUGCAGUUUCAGCCAAAACACGGAAGGGCGAGCGCCGUCCUGGAGGAGGAUCGUCCCUGAGACCGGCAGGCAAGGCUCACGACUGGUAUUCAGGAGGACGGAUCACCUCCAACGGUCGCUGGUUCCGUGAUUCACAAAACAGGACUCUCUUGCUCCGUGGUGUCAACCUCUGCGGCAACUCCAAGCUUCCCACAACGCCCAACGGUAGCACACAUCUGAAUGAGGGCUUUUUCGACCAUCGGAACGUCUGCUUCCUCGGCCGACCCUUCCCACGAGACCAGGCUGACGAGCACUUUUCAAGACUUCAGCGGUGGGGUCUGACCUUUGUCCGCCUCCUGGUUCCCUGGGAAGCACUUGAGCACUCUGGACCUGGCAUCUACGACGACAAGUUUAUUGACUCGUUGGUCGAGUUGAUUGACCUUAUGCCAAAGUACGGCAUCAAGUGCUUUAUCGAUCCCCAUCAGGACUGCUGGUCACGAUUCUCUGGUGGAUCAGGAGCACCAGGAUGGACCUUCGAGGCCGCUGGUCUGGACCUCAGAAAGUUCAAAACGACAGGUGCCGCCUAUGUCCACAACACCAACCAAGACGCAGGAGACUCACCACCCAUGGUCUGGCCCACCAACUACACCAAACUCGCCGCCAGCACCAUGUUCACUCUCUUUUGGGCUGGUGACACCUUUGCACCCAACAAGAUGUAUCAGGGUGAACCUAUUCAGCAGUUCUUGCAGAACCGCUACUUCGCAUGCUAUAAUCACCUUGCCCAGCGAUUGAGCCAUCUGGAUGCUGUCAUCGGGUUUGAAGUCAUGAACGAACCUCAUCCUGGAUACAUUGGUUUGGAGAGCUUGACCAGAUACGAGUUCAACUCUAAUUUAGUCUUUGGUGACUCGCCCUCGGCAGUCGAAGGAUUUGCAUUGGGCGACGGCAUGGCUCUUCCGAUCGAGGUCUGGGUCAAGUCCUGGCCGUUCCCAACAAAGAAGCAAGGAACAAGGAUUAUCAACUCUGAGAAAGCUUCGGCAUGGCUGGAGGGUGAGUGUAUCUGGAAGCAACAUGGAGUUUGGAGCGUGAACCAAAAGACUGGCAAGCCUCAGGUCGAUCGACCGGACUACUUCACGACACACCCUCAGACAGGAGAACCCAUCGACUUUUCACGGUUCUAUCUGGACUUUGUCGGAAAGUACUCAAAGGCUGUUCAGAAGGCCAUUCCUUCUGCCUUUGUGUUUGUCGAACCUAUUCCCAAUGAGGCGCCACCAAUCUGGGGUCCUGGAGACCAUGAGGAGGGUAUCGUCUAUGCUCCUCACUGGUAUGACCUUCAUUCUGUCUUCAACAAGGCUUUUGACGGUCGCAUCACCCACGAUGUCCAAGGACUCAGCAAGGGCAAGAACGUGCUCGCGGCGACAUACUUUGGACUGAAAGGCGCACGGAAGAACUACAGAGGACAAAUUUCAAACCUUCUCAACGCUGGUCUGCAGAACGUCGGCAACAAACCCUGUGUCAUCGGUGAAUGCGGUAUCCCCAUGGACAUCAACCAACGGAAGGCAUUCAUGAACGGCGACUUUGGCCACCACUCGCGGUUUCUGGACGCCAUUUUGUCGUCCUUGGAAGCCAACCUUCUCAGCUUCACACUCUGGAACUACAACACGACCAACGACAACACAUAUGGAGACCACUGGAACGGCGAGGACUUUUCCAUCUUUUCUCUGGACUCGCCUCAAGGAACCCCAGAAGCAGGACGCUCUCCUGGCUCAAAUACCCAAGUGACACUUCGUCAGCAGGCACCCAACUUUGCCAAAGAGGCCAUGAAACGAUCUGCAGCCUCGAACGCCGAUGUCGUCUCAAAGUUGCAGAUCAAGCGUGCUGGACACGAGUCUGACAGUUAUAGCAGCUUUGUCGGAGAGAAGGAGGGUGCAAACAAUGAUGACGAGUGCAGGACAUCGAACGAGGAGGACACCAUUGCUGAGGAUUCGCCCUUCGACCGCUCCUACUUCCGCUUUGAGGAUGAGGAGUAUGAUGAUGGUCGGGAUCAUGUUGCCCAUGUGGGUGGACGUGCCCUAGAUGCUGUUGUGCGACCAUAUGCAGCGAAGGUGGCAGGAGAACCCAUUUCGACCGAGUUUGACCUUGCAACCCUCCAGUUCACAUUCCGCUUCUGUAACUACCUCCAAGCACCCAUCCCUUCUGUCCAAGUAUCGUCUCCAGAGAAGCAACAGCAGGGCCUCAUCACUUCUAAAGCCGCCAACAACAGCUCUGAUGGAACGUCCGAUUCAACACUCGAGUCGCAGUGGUAUGGACACCCACCCGAUGAUGAUACGACUAUGGCGUUUGAUACCGAGAUCUUUAUCCCCUCCUACCAUUACGAAGAGGCUCGUCUCGACAUCCGUGUGAGCGAUGGUGACUGGCGAUAUGUCAAGGAGCGUCAGACGCUGUAUUACCGCCACAAGGACAUGAAGCCUGGUGCAGUUCACUCGGUCCUCGUCAAACUCGUCAGCGGAUCGCCUCUCCCUCACAGCCAUAACAAUUCUUCUUCGACAUCUAUCAACAAGACUGGUGGUGUCGACUCUAAUGGACGCUCAAAACGAGCUGCCGGAUCUCCAGGACCAUCUAAAUUGAAGUCUGAUAGUGCUUAUGGCAGUAGUAGUCUGCAAGUAGGCAAAGCCGAGAGCGAUGCUGGAUGUGUCUGUAUCAUCAUGUAG